GACAAAUUAUUAACUGCACUUAAAGCGUUCGUUAAAAAAAAAUAAAUAAAAACACUCAAAACUGUAUACGGUACCAUAACGAAGACGAACUGUAUGUUUCCUGCGUGAAAUUCUGGAGGGACGGCGUGGCGCGGUGACGUAAUGACGUGGGCUGUUAAUCUAAUUAUGUUCUAAAACAUGUAAAACGGGAACAUGACAGGAGUAUUCUAAAAGCGACUCAUGUAAACACCUUAAUCACAUUAUUACCUUACUCAGAUUAAGGUCAGUAAUUAGAUUACUGCUGUCCAUGUAAACGUAGUCAGUAUUAAAGGAGCCUCAUUUCACUGCUGACUUUGUUCCCGUCUUAAUUUCUUUGUGGGAUAUAAUAUAUAUUUUUUAGGAAUACGAUCUGCAGAUCACUGAUAGGAACCAGGUCCUGCUGGUCAGUCACGUUAGGAGGUUGGGUCCUGCAGGAGCUCCUCCACCAGGACCUGUCUUACUCAUCCCGGAGUUUUGCUACCUCACAGGUUUCCCUCACAGAGCGGGAGAAACACAGCACUUAACCAUUGUCUGCUUCUUAUCGCACUAUUUGUUGUAACUUGCUCAGGUCUGACUGAUAAGAUGCGCAUGACUUUAACAUCAUGAAGGACCUUUCCACUCACACCAGACUGACCCCAGAACAGUGGGAGAACCGCCUCAACAGAUUCAUCAACAACAUGAGCAGGAAUGCCAGUGUUCAGACUACACUCAGCACAUGGGGUCUAAGCUUUGAGAACAAGCUGCUGAAUCCGACUGGAAGAGUUCUUCUUGCUGAAAGGAUCCUACAGGGAGCGAGCGCAGUAAGGGGGACCACAGAGAACACAGAACUGUACACGACACGUGUCGCACUCUUGCUGAGUAGAGUUUGUGUGUGUGCGUGUGCGCAGUACGAGUACAACCCAUGUGACGCGGAUUGGUCUAAAGAGAUGCGAGGUCUUCCUCUGAUGACCAGCAUGCCUCUGGAGAUCUGGCUGCUGUCCCAUACGCGCCGUAACGCUGACGUCGCUCACUCACUGCUGCAGACCCUCAACAAAGUGCCCGUGGGCAUCCACCUUCAGAGGCCGGGAAUGAUGGAGUACGAUGAUCGACAGGAGGCUCUGCUAAGAGCUCUGCAGCAGAGAGUGGGGCAACAGGUUCAGAUGGUGGGUCUCACACACUGGGUAGAAUCAAGUGUGACCAUGUAGUUUGUUUAGGAUUCAAAUAUUAAAGUAUUUUACUAUGCUGAAAAUGUUCAGGUUAGUAUCUGUACUUUUUAGGGGUUAUGUAUAGAAAAUGUAUUGUAUUACUUAGAAAAACCAUACAUGUGACUAGUAACGUAACGACCAUUAUAUUAAUUAUUUGAAUGAAUUAGUAAUGCAUAAUGAAUAAGUAAUGCAUUGAUAAUCUUUCUACAUAUAGCAGCAUGCUCAUGGUUUCUUUAUUUGUUGAUAUUUUUUAAUCCCUCGUAUAUCUGCAUAUUGUUACCACUACAAACGAUCAGUAAAGAUUAUGAAUCCAACAAGAGUUUUUCAGCUCAGUGGUGGGAAAUUUCAGAGACUUUUAACACUACUUCCUGCAUCUCAGGAUUCUUUACUCAGGCCUGAGCUGGUUCUCUUAAUCUCACACACUCUUCUCUGUAUUUCUAAUUUCCAAUCGAAGGACAGAAUCACAAUUUUUUUAGUCUUGAAUCCUCUGAACGUUGUUUUCCUCGCUGCUACCGCCACCUUCAUCUUCCUCAUAAAGGGUCUGGGCCAUGCUCUGUAUGCUAUGUGCUCUGUAUGCUAUGUGCCACUGCUCUGUAACCAUGAGAGGACCGUCCUUCUCUCAGGUGGUUUUCAAAGUGUGCAGGGUAUGAAAUGCACUCUGGGAGGAACAUCAUGCUCAUAAAUG